CGUCCGAAUCAAAACGAAACAGCGGCCAAAAAACGAAACGCCCGAGCGAUCGCGCGUGCCGGGAGACAUGGCAGCGUAUAUAUCGUAUAGUUACGACUCAUGUGGUGCGUGUACGCAUGGUGUACGUAGUGAGACGAGACGUGUGUGAGAUCGAGCUCUUCCCGAAACUCAAGUUCGAGUGGAGGAGUAACACUCCGGGAAUGAAAGCAUCGAGAGGAUAAUGUGUUGUUGAGUUUUUGAAAAGUUAAGCAGGUGGUGUCUGGGGAUUACAAUCGGUGUUUUUUUUUUUUAAUUCGAGUUUACCAACAAAAGCGGAAUGACAAUGAAGAGUGCCACGACCCUGCUGUCCUGCUUUUUCCUGUGGUUGGCACUGUGCCACCUCGGUGCCCAAGCAGCCUCUCUCCAUGCCAGGAGGCACCCCCGAACGAGAGGGCAUGUCGCCAGGUUGCAGGAUACCGUAGACCAGCUCCUCCUCCGUCAGAAGACAGACCACAUCUUGCUGAACAACCUGCAGAAGGCGGUGCAGGAACUUCAGAACAGGAAGAUAGAGGAGGAGACGGCCUCACAGGAAAGAGGCGAUGAGGGCGGUCGUCUGCCAAAGACCUCCAGAGUGCUGGCCUCUGUGGAGGCCGAGGGACUCGUGCUGAGUGCCCUUGGGGAUCGGAUGAAGGAAAUGAGAGGGACCCUGACGGAGGCGCUGGAGGCCGAGGAAAGACAAGACGACAUAACCAUUCUUAGACAAGAGUUGGCGUAUCUAAGAUCCGAAGUCCAGCGCCUGAAGAGCGCGCGCGCGACCGAGGGCGAAGCCAGCGCAGCCCAGGUCAAGGCCCACGAGCAGAGGGAGGCGGUGACGGCGACCUGGGUCGCAGACAACAUCAAGCGCCUUCAGGACUCCGUGGUGGAUCUGCAGCAGUCCCUCAACGUCACGCAAGCUAUGCACGACAAACAGGAGGUCGAAUCUCGCCUUCUGACGGUGACGAAGGACGUCCUCGCCCUCAGGGGCACUAUGGCGGGAGUUACCUCGAAGGCCGAGGCUGCGGCCGCCACCUCCAAGACCCUUCAGGAGGACCUUGCCAGAAAUUCGGAGGAUCUGCACCACGCCAUGGGUCAAGUGGCAGCUGUCAGGACGGAGGUAACGUCUCUACGAGAAGACUUCAAUGACCUCCUUACGGCGCUACCGGAAGGCACGAUGACUGGAGCCCCGUCAGAAGGACAAUCAAAAGAGAAGGCCCCAGAGAAGAGCAAGGGACGCAUAAGUGCCGGAAUAGCCGAGGUAGUAGGCAAAGCAGCCCAGGCUCGACUUAUCGACAGAAUAGCGUCCGUAGAAAACAAAGCAGAUCAACUUGACUUUGCUCUGAGCCACACACAGAAGCAGCUGUCCCUCAUAGCUCCAGUAUCCAGCAACGACGAAAGACUCGCCGAACUGACAGAAUCGGAACGGCAGCUGGAAACGCGGGUGGAGGCAGCUGCCACAGGCUUGGGCGAGGUCAAGACCUCUUCGGUGCAGCUCCUGGCCGCCCUCGACGCCCUAGAGGCGAGGGUGGAGAAGGAGGUCUCAGAAGUGAAGCAAGAAGUUGCAAAGCUCGAAUUCUCCGUUGCCCAGUCCUCGGCCGAAAGGAAGAACCAGGAAAAGGACGACCAGACGGUCCACGACGACACUGAGGCUCUGAGGACCGACCUUCAGGCUGUUUCAAAACACCUCGACCAACUCGUCCUCAAGACUGCUCAUCUUGAAGGACAGAGACUCGAGGCUGAAGUCUCAGAAGCCCAGUGUCGCACGCAGCACCUCACCCUCGACAUAAAAUUGAACGAUAUUUUAGAUCGACUGACGUCAGUGGAAGAACAUUUCGAGAAGUCCUUGAGUCACAGACGUCGAACUCAGCACGGAGACGAAGGGAGGAGGACCAAGCGCUCCAGUCGUCCUCCAAGUAGUUGAAGUGACCCAACAAAUGGGGAGGAGAGUUGUGUUAAGGAAAAAAUCCCGAAGUUGAGCUUGGGGAAUAUUGUAAAUGACUGAGUGGUGACACUGCCACAGAACAAGGCAAAGGGUCCUUUCUUGUAAUUUUUUGUUGUUGGUCAACUUUCAGUGCCAUUCUUCUUCACUCAAAACAAACUGACAAUAAUUCUUCCGAAAAAAAAAAACUUCAAGAAGUUGACCACGUAAAAGUUAAACAAGGAUGAAGAUGACUUCAUCUCGCCGAAUAGAAAAAUUAUUUGACUUAUUACAAAGCAAAGAUUAUUAUGUAAAUAGAUAUAAAGGAAAAAUGAUGCUGUGAACGAAAAUUUUUAUUUUCGAUCUCGACUUUCAUUUUUGUCCUUCGGAUUUUAGUUCUCCAGUUGAUAAUAUGUACAAUGUCGAAAUCUUGACUUAUAACCUGCUGAAGUUUUUACUUAUAAUUAUCUCCUGCUUCUUUGCUUUAAAUACUUUAAUACUUGUAUACUUUAUUUACGUAGCAAUCCCAAAGGCUUCUAUGAAUAGUCUCGUCAAUAUUACCUCUAUUAAACCAAAAAUAUUAUUCCAAUUCCAAAAAAAUCUAUAUCUUUUAGAUUCAUUUCCCUCGUUAAUCAGACCUUCCUUUGCGAAGGUCGCUUCAUUUAGUUUAUUCUGACUGAUAAAUCUACCUUCUUCAUUUUAUAAUGUCUUCCAUUUUAAUUUUAUAUCAUAGUUUCUUAUUAUUAUUUUUUUUACUUUUAGUGCCUGAUCGAACAUGAAUGGUCAUCGGUUCCUAGUCAAAGGAGAAAUAAAAACGUUAAACUAUAUUUUAGACGAAAAUUUUUAGUCUAAGGUUUUGUUUAUUAGGUUAAGAUAAGAUGAAAUAUCUGUCAUUAGAGCCCGCUUCCUGAAAUAGAUUUUCUAAUAGGCUUAUUUUGCUUCAUAUGAAUGAUCUCAUUUUUCUUUCUUUCUUUUAAAAAUAUCUGUUCUUUCAGACAUUCGCGGAUGAUUUUUAAGAAGAAAAUUCUUAAUAGUGAAUCAAAAUCAAAUUCUCCAGAUUUCUAUUCCAGAUUUCGAAAAGGAAAAUCUCGAAGUCUUGUUAAAAAUCUUUUUUUCAAUUAUGGCUUUUUCCAGUUUCAAUCGUUUAAGCCAGAAAGAUAAGCACCAAUAAAACUGCUAUAUUUUGGGAAGUGCAAGUGAAAAAAUUUAUAUGUUAGUAUUAAGACUUUAUGUUCACAAGAUGUAAACAAAUGUACGAGUGUCCAAAUCUAUGUCUUGAUGUCUAAUAGAAGGUUAUGUUGGUGUCUCAUAGCAACCCAAGUUUUAUGCUUGUAAUUUUACUUGUAGCCAAGAGAGGAUCAGUGACCAAAUAAACAAGAUUCUUAAAAUUUCAUCUUAUGGCGAGAAUGUGGGUUGCGGAUGGUAUCUGAAAUUUACGAGCACGUGUCUAAUACCAAAAGCCUACAAUAAUCCUUCAUGUACUAAGUCCGAAAUCUACGGGAGGAUUUGAAUACCUGUACGGUAGAAAUAUUCAACUGAAGAGUCACAGAUAAGAGGUUUACCGCUCUGGGACACAACACUUCUUGUAUAUAUUCCUUAAAUAUACCAUACGACAGACGACUAUGGAUUUCUGCUGUCAUAAAUUAUAACGGCGAGUUUUGGGUGGGGGGGUGGAGGGGAGGGUGUUGCUGUGCUCUAAAUUUGGAUACCAAACGUGGGCCCUGUCGCCCAAAGCAAAGGUCACAAUAAAUCAUUGAACUGAUCUUGUGUUGGCGAACCCAGGCAGUAAUGGAUCAAAACUGAUAGUCACAGUUGUAAGAGGACAUUUCGCAUAAAGAAUAAACUUUAUAAUAUCGGCCAUAAAACAACGAAGUGUUGUUUAACUUCAUAAGAACACCGCAAUGGCCAAAUAGACAUUAUAUGACCAUGAAUUACGCAGUGUAUAUAGUGCAAAACUUUCAUUAUUCCCAAAGUUAUUUUAGCUUAUACACGUAAAUAGAAAAGGCUUACUUUAUUCUUAUGCAUAUUCAAAUAUUAUAGAAAAAGUAUCCAAGUCAGCUUCAAUCCAUUACCUGCCUCGUGUGUGUUUAUCUGCGGCAUCGAAAAAAGCUCAAAAAAGACUUUCUUCUGCUUUUUGUACAUAUUGUACAUAAACUUGUUCGCUGUACAGAUUAUUUUUAUAUGUUGAAUAAAUACGCUCCAAUGGUUGAAUUAAA